GCCGCCGCCCGCGGUCGCCCGGCAGAGCCGUCCGGCCGCGCCCCACCGCUGACGGCUUCUGAUUGGGAGCGACGGCACGGCUGAAAGCUGACGACUAACAGCAGGAUGGCUGAGAGCUGCCAGCUGUGAACAGCAGGACAGCUGAGGGCUGCUGACUGAACAGCGGGACAGCUGGGAGCUGCCAGUUGUGAACAACGGGACGGCUGAGAGCUGCCAACUGUGAACAGCAGGACGGCUGAGAGCUGCCAACUGUGAACAGCCGAACGGUUGAGAGCUGCCAACUGUGAACAGCUUAACGGCUGAGAGCUGCGAACUGUGAACAGCCGAACGGCUGAGAGCUGCCAACUGAAGGAGAACGAGCGUCGCGAUUGGUGGACAUCGCCUGUCGUUUAGUAGCGGCAUCCGGCUAUCUGGCCGACGCCGUUGUUUUGGGCGGAGAGAGGCGGCCACACUCAUCCUGAGCCGCUGCCCGCGCGCCCGUGCUCCGCCUCCGCGCUGAAGACCGGCUGGUCGGUUGGGCUCGCGCGAGAGGCGCCCUCCCCUCCGGUCGUGACAGGACGGCGCCGCCCGUGGCCGGCGCGCGCUCGCCAGCAUGAGGAACAUUGGCCACGUGGUGCACCAGGCGCCCCGUCGGGGUCCAGCCGGGCCUGGCGGCCAUGGCGCCGGCGGCGCGCCAGCGGCCGGCGGUGGCGGCGCCAGUUCCGCAGCCCGCCGACAAGCCCCUGAGCUCGGCCUGGGCGGCGGCGCUCGGCGCCACCACCACCAUGCAGAACGGCGAGAAGCCGGGCGAGCCGGCGCGGCGCGCGCCACGCCGCCCGGUCAAGGUGCAGCCCGACCGGCCGCCGCGCGCCCUCUUCUGCCUCGGCCUGAAGAACCCGCUCCGGCAGGCCUGCAUUCGCAUCGUCGAGUGGAAGCCGUUCGAGACGCUCAUCCUGCUGACGAUCUUCGCUAACUGCGCGGCGCUGGCCGUGUACACGCCGUAUCCCAACGGCGACUCCAACAACACCAACUCGAUCCUGGAGCGGAUCGAGUACAUUUUCCUGGUGAUCUUCACGACAGAGUGCGUCAUGAGGAUCAUAGCUUACGGCUUUGUGUUACAUCCAGGCGCGUACUUACGCAAUGUCUGGAAUAUCCUCGAUUUUAGCAUAGUUGUUAUAGGUAUCGUCAGCACGGCGCUCUCUUCGCUUAUAGAGGAGGGCUUCGACGUGAAGGCGCUGCGAGCGUUUCGGGUGCUGAGGCCGCUGCGACUGGUGUCCGGAGUACCGAGUCUGCAGGUGGUCCUCAACUCCAUCCUGCGAGCCAUGGUGCCUUUGCUUCACAUAGCGCUCCUUGUGAUAUUCGUCAUCAUCAUCUAUGCCAUUAUCGGGCUGGAGCUGUUCAAGGGCAAGCUCCAUCAGACCUGUUUCCACAACGUGACAGGUAAGGAGGCUCGUAAUGUGUUGUUUGAGAUGAAGCACGCCGUGUGCUCUUCUACACGAUGGUGGGCUUAUGGGGGCAGCUCUUCUACACGAUGAUGGGUG